AAAUCCACAAUACGACGAGCACGCAAGUCAUAACACAAAGUAGAAGAAAAGAGACAUUUAUUGUUUUCUGCUCUGCUCUGAGUCUCUCUGCAAUUUCUUACAGUUGUGGAUAAUAUGAGUGAAGUUGCAGAAGGUGAAGGAAGUGUGACACUUGAUCUCCUCAAGAAGAAAAUGGCUGACUUUGCCAAGGAGAGAGACUGGGAACCAUAUCACAGUCCAAGAAACCUUCUGUUAGCUAUGAUAGGGGAAGUGGGAGAGUUGUCUGAGAUAUUUCAGUGGAAAGGGGAGGUUCCGAGAGGACUACCGGGUUGGGAAGAAAGGGAGAAGGAACAUCUUGGUGAAGAACUUUCAGAUGUAUUGCUAUAUCUAGUCAGGUUAUCUGAUAUCUGCGGGAUUGAUCUUGGGCAAGCUGCUCUUCGAAAGGUGAAGCUCAAUGCCAUUAAAUACCCCAUUAAGCUCUCCGACCAGAACGGUAAAAAUGACGCUAACACCAGCAAAAAUAAAGAUGAAGAUGCUUGUCCUGACAACUCUUCAUCUGUUCAACACAGUGCUUGAACUUUUAAGUAGUUAUAGCCUCUAAGAAUUAUUAUCAGAGUGCAUUAAUUUGUUUGCAAGAUGUUAAAGUAUUAGAACUUGUGAUUUAUUUCACUUUUCUUUUGAGGUCUUGAAAUAUGUUGGUCUUGCGAAGGGUUUUUGUUGUUGCA